ACACUGCGUGGGGGCGUCAUGACAACGUCCUCCCAUCGUCAUAUAAUAGACCCGGAAGCAGAACGUCAACACCUAGAAAUCAACCAGUGGACAUAUGCAGCCACAGCACAGGGUUGUGGUGUGGACGUGAAAUGCCAAGGGGAUACGGUGUCGGCCCAGAGCCUACUAACCAAUAGCCUCUUCACACGGAUAAAGACAUCAACAAACGAAGGAUGUGCCCCAAUGCUGACGAUAUAUCCCCAAAGUCUCUAUGACCAAACUUCAAAUCGGUCUGCAACUUGGAUGUAGGUCUACCUACCUAAGCUAAUUUACAACACUUCUCAACCAACAAGCCCUAACCAAAUAAACUCUGCACCUCUGAAACCCAAGAUGGCUUCUAGACAAAGUGCCCUAACUGCUGCCGUGGUUACCCUGUUGGGAGCCACCUUGGGUGGCCUGUUGCUAUGGCGACAGAGAGCCAUAAGGACAAAGAAGCAACAGCUUUCUGCUCAGGGUCUGAAAGGUCAGGUAAGGGUAAGCUCUUGUCCCUUACCUGUGGAACCAGAGCCUGUGGUUCUGGACUGUAAGAACCCAGUGGAGUCCCAAAUCCAGUCUAAGCAGACCCAGCUAUCCCCGGGUCAGAGUCUGGUCCUCCCCCUGCCUGCUGUGCUACCCCCUGUUGACCAGGCCCUGGCGGUGCAGCCGGUGAUGGUAAGCUCUGAGAAGGAGUGGGAGCAGCUGUGGCCCGUGCUGCAGAAGGAUCUGUCAGUCUAUCCUGUCCUCGGCCUGGACUGUGAAUGGGUGAAGAGUCAAACUAAUACCCUGGGUGUGUCGGUGAAGGAUAAGACUUCAACGGUCUCUUUACUCCAGCUGGCUUCCUACUCUGGUCUGUGUGUGUUGGUGAGGCUGCAGCCGUUCCGUGCUGGCCAGCAGGACUUGCCACUUACCCUGAAAGAGGUCCUCAGCGACCCUCACAUCCUGAAGGUGGGUGUGGGCUGCUAUGAGGACGGGAAGCGUCUGACACGAGACUAUGGCCUGGCGCUGGGAUGUACUGUGGACUUAAGAUACCUUGCACUACGACAAAGGAAGGUAGUGUUGAAUAACGGUCUGAGUCUGAAGUCUCUGGCAGCUGACCUGCUCAACGUCUCUCUGGAGAAAUCCUUGGAGCUGCGCUGUAGUGACUGGGAGGCUGACCAGCUGACCCUACAACAGAUGACCUACGCAGCCCGGGACGCACAGGUAUCCAUCGCCCUCUUCUUCCGCCUGCUCGGACUCCACUCCGAUUCCACGCCCUCACUUGACACUGGGAGUGGCUACUCCCAGCUGGCCAAUUGCUGCCAGGGCGUGGUGGACACACCCUUCAGGGGGUGGGGUGGAGGAGAGUGCGAGGAUGGAGGGAAAAGCGUGGAUCGAGAGAGGAGGCGGCGGAGUAGGAAGCUCCAGCAGUCUGUUUUUGAAAGCCCAGAGUCUGGGGACCAGCAAGUUCCAGACCCCAGGAAGAACAACAAGAGAAAAUCGCUCGGGGUGGGCUACUCUGCCAGGAAGUCCCCUCUCUAUGACAACUGUUUCCUCCACGCCCCGGAUGGACAACCCCUCUGUACCUGCGACAAGAAGAAGGCCAAGUGGUACCUGGAUAAAGGAAUAGGAGUGCUGCAGAGUGAGGAUCCAUUCAUUGUGCGUCUGCUGUUUGAGCCUUCGGGACGUCCAGACUCCCAGCAGGACUACUACCUGACUGCCAAGGAGAACCUGUGUGUGGUGUGUGGCAAGAACGACUCUUAUAUCAGGAAGAACAUCGUUCCCCAUGAGUACAGACGUCACUUUCCCACGGAGAUGAAAGACCACAACUCCCAUGACAUCUUGCUGCUGUGCACUUCCUGUCACGCGGCCUCCAAUGUCCACGAUGGCUUCCUGAAGCAGCAGCUGGCUGAUGAACACGCUGCCCCCCAGGGUUGUGAGGAGGGCGUACGGCUCCUGGAGGACUCUGACCGCAGGAGGGUACGUUCUGCAGCCCGUGCCCUCCUGACUGCCGGGGAGGGGCUCCCUGGGCCCCGCAGAGACGAGCUGCAGGAAGUCAUCAGGAGUUUCUUCAACGACCUCGACGGGGAGCUGACGACAGACACCCUGCAGAGUGCUGCUGGCCUGGAGACACGGAUCUUCAAUGAGAGCUACGUUCCCCACGGGCUGAAGGUGGUGCAAGCGCAUGCCAAGCAGGGUCUGAAGGGGUUAAUGGGUCUAGAACGUCACUGGAGGCAGCACUUCCUGUCUACCAUGACGCCGCGCUACCUCCCUCCCCUGUGGUCCGUCAACCACAACCACAGCAAGUUCCUACGCAAAUACGGUGCGGAUCUCCCCAUCCAACUCAACUGAACUACAGUCUACGUUUUUAACCUGAAAAGGGCCAGGCAGUUUGGCAUGACAAGGAGUCUAAUGGAUUGGUCGCCAGGCUCCAUAUCUCUCUCUCUCUCUCUCUCUCUCUCUAUUUAUCCAUCAGCUUCUCUCUUCUCUUCUCUUCUCUGGUUCACCGUAUUGUCAGUAGUUAAAACAGAAGCUACAUUAUCCACACUGGAGCCCAGAGAGCUGACUGACCGACCUACGGUGUCUGGUGGUAGUCUCACCUCCGCCUGGGACGAGGCAGUCUGUCACCCUGUUGCUAUAUGGUGACAUGGUGAGUCAGACCUAUAGACUUAUGGACCUCGCUUGAUCUUAAACCGUCCCCUACAGGCCCUCCGAUGAACUAGAGCCAGAGACGACUAGCAGAGACCAUUGGCUGAAAUGGUACCCCUAUUCUUUAUAAAGGGCAGUACUUUAGACCAGGGCCCACAGGGGUGCACCAUGUAGUGUCUAGAGCCAUUUCAGAUAGCUGGAGCCUGAGGAGAUGGACAGACUGCCUUGGUUCUGAGAGGUACGACCUAGCUUGGAGCCCAAGGAGAUGGACAGACUGCCUUGGUUCUGAUAGAGGUACGGCCUAGCUGGAGCCUGAGGAGAUGGACAGACUGCCUUGGUUCUGAUAGGUACGACCUAGCUUGGAGCCUGAGGAGAUGGACAGACUGCCUUGGUUCUGACAGAGGUACGGCCUAGCUUGGAGCCUGAGGAGAUGGACAGACUGCCUUGGUUCUGAUAGGUACGACCUAGCUUGGAGCCUGAGGAGAUGGACAGACUGCCUUGGUUCUGAUAGGUACGACCUAGCUUGGAGCCCGAGGAGAUGGACAGACUGCCUUGGUUCUGACAGGUAAAGGAAGUCUGUAUCAAGAACACCAUCCAUGCUGCAGGAUUCAUAAUGAAAUUAUAUUGCAUAUGGACACUUUUUAACCAACACUGUGGUUUGGUUUCCCAGACAGAUAGACUAGUCCUGGUCUUAAAAAUCCAUUUUAAAUGGAGAUUCUCUCCAGGACUUGCUUUAAUCUGGGGCCAGUAAACCAACCCUAUGUAUAUCAAUAUAUAAAAAUGCGAAAUGUGAUUUUCACCAAUUUCAGAAAAUCAUGUAUUUUAAGACUACGCUGAAACCUGCUCUUAAUUCUCAUGAAAUAUAAAUUAUAAUUUUCCCCUGCAGGUGUUUCAGCCCUAAUUGAUAAUUCCUAUGCGUUUGUAUGUGCGGAAGUCAACGGUUUGCUUUGCAAAGGUGACUUUAAUUCAACGACACGAUUUGAUGUUCUCAUUUGUUGUUUAUCUACAACAGAUUAUGAUAUCGUCACAAAUUACACUACUUUUGACCGGGGACCCAUAAGGCAGUGCGUUUUUAUAGUGAUUUAAGGUUCCAUAUCAGUCACAGCCACUCUCAGGUUCAGUAGGACAAUGGUUGGCUUGGCGACGUGACAUCACUUCCUCCCGUACUGUCCGGCUGCAUCCCGAAUUGCACCCUUUUCUCUACAUGGUGCACUACUUUAUGUUGGUCAUGGAUGUGUUCUCUCGCUCUCUCUCUCUAAUCAGGACACCUCGUGUCACAUGUUUUAGUGUGGCUCUUCCCCUCAUUAGAAGAGACUAAAAUCAGGACACAUCUUCCUUCCUCUACAACAGUUCCAGUCCAACCUCCUUUCCCCCCUCCUCAUCAUUUCACAUUGAGAUAAGGACCAGCCUGUAUGUAUUGGUAGCCUGAGAGUGACUAGCUUCAUUGGUUAGUAAAGAAUGAUGGCCUUCUUGUACUGCGCGGCUAACCUGUUGACGCGUACGGCGCGGCUAACCUGUUGACGCGUACGGCGCGGCUAACCUGUUGACGCGUACGGCGCGGCUAACCUGUUGACGCGUACGGCGCGGCUAACCUGUUGACGCGUACGGCGCGGCUAACCUGUUGACGCGUAC